CCCCCUCCGUCCCAUGUGCGCGAAACGGAAAUCAAUAACACAGGCUCUGAAAAUUGUCUGCUAGAUUUGGUGUCAGAGACACCAAUCUAGUUUGAUUUUUAACAAAUGGGUCCAAAUGAGAUGUGGAAUGUGGUCACUUGUCUGAUAAUCAUCGGCUCUAAGUAUGUGUCAUGUGAUAAUCCGCUGCCCGACUUGGAGACGUUAUCACAGCUUUCUUCCAAUUUGGAGAAAAAUUUGAUGGCCUCCCUCUCUCACAUCUUGAAAACAAGUACUGCUGUGGAGGCUUACUCAAGUGCCCGAAACAUGGACUUGGUAUCAGUUAAUGGGACCAAAGUUAUAGAUGAAGUAAUUUCCAAAGCAAAUGAAUUUCUUGGGAAGAAAGAACAGGCACUGCAGCGCUUGUAUGAUGCAGCCAAAGAUGCCGAAGAAAGUUAUGAAGAAGAUUUGACGUUGACACUCCGUCGGGUACAAUUUUUCAAUGUGAAAGGAACUGAAGCAGAAGAGGAUGGAGCUUUGAUCUACGCUCCAACAUUUGGGCAGAAUGUUUCCUUGAAUAGCUCUGGAGUGCACAUUCCUCUCGAAAUCUUUGAAGGAUGGAUGGGAUCUCUCUUCAAACUGGUUUGGGGUCAUGAUCCAGAAAUCCUCAAUGGAUUGCGGUGGAGUGCAGCCUUAGACAGAGUUUUUACUAAAAACUUUGAGGAAGAUCCUACGCUACGCUGGCAGUAUUUUGGCAGUGCACGGGGCUUCAUGCGUAUCUAUCCUGCCCUUCGGUGGCCUGAAAAUCUAAACCCACCAGAUUUGUAUGAUGUUCGCAGAAGACCAUGGUACAUUCACAGUAUUUCAUCACCCAAAGAUAUCAUAAUCCUCAUUGACAAAAGUGGGAGUGUUCAUGGACAAACAAUUGAUAUUAUGAAGAUAGCUGUAAAGGCUCUGAUUAAGACCCUUUCUGAAGAUGAUUAUGUUAAUGUGGCAUGGUUCAACAAUGAAGUAAACUGGGUUGUCCCGUGCUUGGACAGCCUUGUUCCUGCCACUAGUCAAAACAAACGGGUUUUGUUGGAUGCAGUGGACCGCCUCCAUGAGAGCAAUCUUACUAGUUAUGAAACUGCUCUUGAGUUUGCUUAUGACGCAUUUCAGAGGUUUUCUGAAAGCCGAGAACCUUGGGAGGGAGCCAACUGCCAUAAGGCAAUAAUGUUCUUCAGCGACGGUGGAACAGAGUGGCCGCACGAGCUCAGUGCUCAUCUGUGCAAUGAAUCGACUGAAGAUUGCGUCAGGGUGUUCACUUUUGGCUGUGGGCCUCACCCCAUUCCUACAGUGAUCCUCAAGAGCAUGGCCUGCAAAACACGAGGAUAUUUCAGCAGUAUUACGGCUUUGGGUGCUAUUCAAAAUCGGAUUCAGGAUUAUGUCAGAGUCUUAGGACGUCCAUUGGUUUUAUCUGAUGAAGGAACCAAAGAUUUGUUUCACUGGCACAAUGUAUACAUUGACAAAGGAGGUCUAGGACCUGUUGUCACUGUAACUCUGCCAGUCGGAAGUACAUCAUAUGAUGUGCGUGAUCCACUGCUCCUAGGUGUAGUUGGUACUGACAUACCCACCAGUGAUCUGGAGGACCUCUAUCCCAAAAACUUAUUGGGAGCAUUUGGAUAUCCUUAUGCUAUUAACAACAAUGGUUUUAUCGUUUUCCACCCUCAAUUGCAUCAUCACAUGUCUUAUCUGCAGGGAGAAGAUCCACCUAAUAUUGACUUGACUGAAGCAGAGGGAUCUGAUUGGGUGAUCUUGGAAGCAAUGCGAGAAGCCAUGGUACGGGGACAUUCUGGUCAUGCAACUCAUGAGAAAGCUAUCAUUCCAGUAGGGCAGGGACGUGCUGUACUUGUGUCUAUGAACCACUUUUAUGGUGCAUUAAAAACUUCCAAUUUUAGAAUGGGUCUGGCUUUACCUCUUGGUCAUGCUACCAUAAAUGUUCAAAAUGUGCCUCUAAAAGUAGAUCACCUUGCCGGCCUACGCAACCUCCCAGGUUCUUUGCUGGCCCCUUGGAAGUUCUGCAGUGAAAUUGAAAAUAGCCUAGACUCUCAGGAACUUAUUGAGGUGUUGCUUAUGUCCCUCACGGAAAAACAGCAUAAAUGUAAUGUUGGCAUGCUGCGACACUUACUAAUGGACAUGGACAAGACUCGGGCCUUAAUCUCUGAAUGGGAGAAGACUAGCCCUGAAGUCCAGAAUAUUCGAAGCCGUUUUUUCAGUACCGAGGGUGGUCUUACUGUUGUUCAUCCUGUUAGCCGCUUAGCAGAUUAUGAAGGAAAUCGGAACCCCCAUAAGAACCAUCAGUAUUUAAGAGCUUUGGCUCGUGAUCACUGUGUGUUCACUCCAAGCCAACGGGAUGGAGAAGACAACACUCAAAUUAAUUUGCUAUCCAUCGCAUGUCCUGUUCAGUUUCAAAAAGGAAACAGUGUUAUAAAAGUUGGGGUUGCUGGAGUGGAACUGGAUCAAUCAAUGGCUCAGACUGAAUUUAACAGAAUCUUGCAGUUUUAUUGUGCUGAUAAUGAAACUCUUCAUUGCUACAUGCUUGAUGAUAAUGGCUUCAUUGUCUCAUCAAAUCUACCAAGAAUUCAGGCUGGUGAUUUUAUUGGUCAAGUGGACCCCCAACUGGCUGGUAGUUUGAUUGAUGGUGGAUUUUAUCGACACCAAGAGCGGUUCAAUCUUCAGGCUUGGUGCUUGCGAGGUGCAAGUGAACCUACUCAGUCUGCUUCUAGAUUAACUACUCCUUUCUUAUUUCUUAUUAAAAACAUUUGGAGUGCUCUGUCCAGUUUCCAUGUCAUCAUUCACAGUAUCAUUUCAUGGACAAGGCCAGCGCCAGUGGAGUCAUUCUAUGGAUGGGAGCUGAUACGGCGUAACUACAGCUGCAUUACAAAGGCAUCGUGGCUUGUUAUGAGCAACAGCCUGUCCCGACCCAUGGACCACCAUUUCAGAUGUGGAGAUUGUUCUCGAAUCAUUUAUGCCAAUCCCAUGAACUUGCUUAGCGCAGUGCUAGUCGUCUCUGAACCUCCGUGUGAUUGUGCUGAACCAGCUUUCCCCAUUUCCUUUUUUCCCCAAGAAGAUGCUGGUCCAGACUACUGCAGCCGUCAGAAAGUUGUAAGAGAACGCAAGCACAGGUGUUACAGCUAUACCAAAAAUGAAAACGGAACUACCUGUUACCCAGGCGAUUUUCCCAAAGACGGAGUUUCUGCACCAAGAAUUUCCUGGGUCCUUCUUUGGACUAUGAUUUGUUUCCUGAAAGCUUUCUCCUAAAUUCAACUUGUACUAAUGAUUCGGUCCUUCCAUAACACAAUUGAAUCUUCCUUGUUAAAAAAUACUGAUGGAUUUUAUUUGUUUCAUUCUCUGAUCAAAUUUCAUGCUCACUCGCAGCUAAUUAGGGAAUUAAAAUCAGAGCUCCAAAGACUUCUAUGUUUGGUCGUUGAAACACUUGAAUCUCUAGACUGUAGUGUUUUGCUGAAUUAAUGGACCUCUCAACUAACUCACCAGUUUUCUAAUGUAGUUGAGGUAUGAGAUUGAUGCACUGAGAUGUUAGUUUUAAGUAUGAUGUAGUCUACAGAUACAGGGUCCAAAGAUUUUUAACUGUUAAUGCUAAUUGAAAAGUUAUUUUACCAACUUUAAAUCUUUGUUGUUUGAUGUAGUUUAGUUUUCUAUCUUGUUUAGUCAAAUUUACUAAUGAUUCAAGUCCUUAUCUUUUAUAGAAUGAAAGAAACUGCUUUGUUAUCUGUUGCCUCUUAUUUAGGAGCUUGCAUUGGUGCUCACUACUGCUGCUUGUGCUCAAAGUAAUAGUAGACUAUGAAAUUGAAGUCUUGUUAAUGUGAUGAAUUGGAAAGACACUUGUUAUAAAUUGAAUUUGUUAUCCUAAUUUUAAGAGCUUUCAUAAAUUUGGGCUGUUUGAAUUCAAACCAUGCCUAGAAUAUUGUGAUAACGUGUUUUGUGGAUAUUAACUGAAACAUCAACUUGAGAAUCCUCCUCAGCUCAGAAAUGUCGGAGAAAUAUCAUUGCUGUUAGCUCAUGUGAUACUGGUUGCAAAUGGCUGAGUUUGUAUAGUUUUUUUAAAAUGUGAUCAUGUCUAGCCAGGGUUUCAUAGCAUCGUUAUCAAGUGUGAAAAUUUUCUAGUUCAUUAGGCCAACUGUCAUUUACCAUCUAUCUUCUCUUCUGUGUGGUGUAUAACCCUGUCUUACUAGCAGUAUUAUUUCCUCUACAUGUAUGCAUUUAAAUUGGAUUACUUUAUAAUCACACUUGCUAGUUGUCAUGGAAAAAGCACAAAAGAAAUCUGAGUAGACUGAAUAAGUAGGAGGAUUUUUGUACAAAAACAAUAAAAAAAAGUUACAAGAAA